AAAGGUACGUCACGUCCGCGGGAGACUCGUUUUUGAGGGAGUUUUUGUAAAUAGGCAAAGUGAUUGACAUACGAGAGGAAACUCGAUAACAAGAAUGCGCAGAUCUGGAGCUCCGAGUCAGCUCCGUGGAAAUGCUGCUAAGAAACCCAGAUUUAUGCCACCGGGUCCAGCGAGGAAUGAUGGAGCACCUUGUUUGGAUCCCCAACCAGAACCAUCACAACCCUCACCGCCUCCCAUACCUGCUUUAAAAAAUGUGCUGCUCAAUAAGGUCCAGAGGUGUUUGAGUAGUGGAGAUGCUCCAGCUGCAAGUGAUGCUCCAGUAGGAAGUAAGGCACUAGCCAGGGUCCUUGGUGCUGCGGUUCCUCAGGGGGAAUGUAAGGAAAACCACAUCAGGUCUAUGCCUGACUUUCCUGAACCCGAAGAAUCAGUAAAUAAAGACAGGCGCUCACCACCGCUAAACACUCAUGCUAGCUGCACAACAACUGCUCACUACUAUAGUGUUAUAUGGUGCAAGGCCUCUUCAAGGAAGCAUAAGCGCUGGGAAGGUGAUGCUGUGCUUGUUGCCAGAGGGCGAACGGUUGUCCUUAAAGACAUGGAGGGCCGGGACAUUGGACGAGGUUCAGGUUACAAGGCAUCAGAGCUGGAGAGUUUGUGUGAGGGUCAGACUCUUAUGGUUGGAGGGAAGCAAAUAGAGGUCAUGGGGGUCAUAUCUGAUCAAGACUAUGCCAAAGGCCGCUGUUUCCAAGAUGCGGCUGUCGAGAUUCCUGCAGAAAGCCCUACAGUCUCGAAGACUCCUGCAUAUCGGCCGGUAUCCAAAUCCUUUACCAAGCCAGCGCUCAAGGGAGGCGCACUUACAGAUUCUGAACUUGACAAACCAAUCUGUAAACCUCGAUAUGACCCGAACGCACCAGGAGCCCUGGUGAUGCCACGGCCUACAGCAGAUCACCAGUGGCAGUAUAAUAAAUCUGGAGCUCCACUGGUUGACGUGGUCAUCGACCCUCACUUGACCAAUCACCUUCGGCCACAUCAGAAAGAGGGCGUGGUCUUCCUUUACGAAUGCUUAAUGGGAAUGAGAUUGGCUGGCCGCUGUGGGGCGAUUCUAGCAGAUGAGAUGGGAUUGGGGAAAACUCUGCAGUGUGUUUGUGUUUUGUGGACAUUACUCAGGCAGGGGCCCUAUGGUGGACGUCCCGUAAUGAAAAGAGCACUUGUGGUUUGUCCUGGAAGUUUGGUGAAGAACUGGGCUGCUGAGUUCAACAAGUGGCUGGGCAGAGAGAGAAUCAGUGUUUACACCGUGGACCAGGAUCACCGUGUGGAAGACUUUGUUUCUUCUCCUCUUUGCUCCGUCCUGGUCAUCAGCUAUGAGAUGUUGUUGCGCUCUGUGGACCGGCUGAAAGAACUGGAUUUUGGAGUCCUCAUCUGUGACGAAGGUCAUCGCCUAAAAAACAGCAACAUCAAAACAGCUGGAGCUCUCACAGCCCUCUCAUGCACACGCCGGCUUAUUUUAACAGGUACUCCGGUGCAAAAUGAUCUGCAGGAGUUUUAUUCAAUCAUCGAGUUUGUAAAUCCAGGAAUUCUGGGAACAUCUGCGGCCUACAGGAAGAUUUAUGAAGAGCCCAUUCUCCGAUCUCGCCAGCCCAGCUGCACCGAAGAAGAGCGGUGUAUUGGAGAAGAGCGUGCUGCUGAGCUCUUUCGUCUGACAGGUGUCUUUACAUUACGCCGCACUCAGGAGAUCAUUAAUCAGUAUUUAUCUGAGCGGAUCGAGUGGACUGUGUUCUGCAAACCCACCGAGCUGCAAAUUCGUCUGUACAGGGUACUUCUGUCCACGCGACCCAUAAGAGCCUGUUUGUCUGGCUCUCACACUUACACACACAGCCCUCACCUUGUAUGCAUCAACGCCCUUAAGAAACUCUGCAACCACCCUGCACUGCUCUACAACACACUACAGGAAAAGGCAGAUGAGAUGUAUGAGGGUGAAGUUAAGGAGCUCUUUCCUGAGGAAUACUCCACCGGCGCCUUCAGCACAGCAGACUCUGGCAAACUUUUAGUGUUAACAGACCUUCUGUCAGCCAUACAGCAUGUCAAUCGCACAGACAGGGUUGUUUUGGUGUCCAACCACACACAGACUCUUGACUUACUCCAGGACGUCUGUGAUCAGAUAGGCUAUAAAUGGUGUCGUCUUGAUGGACAGACACCAGUUGGCCAGCGGCAGAAAAUUGUUGAUUCCUUCAACAGCCCACAUUCGUCCAGCUUUCUACUGCUGCUCAGCUCCAAAGCUGGAGGAGUGGGACUAAACCUCAUCGGUGCCUCUCACCUCGUUUUAUAUGAUAUAGACUGGAAUCCUGCCAAUGACAUACAGGCCAUGGCACGAGUGUGGAGAGAUGGACAGAAGAAAACAGUUCAUAUCUACAGAUUUCUCACAACAGGUUCCAUAGAAGAGAAGAUUUAUCAGAGGCAGGUGAGUAAACAAGGGCUUUCUGGGACAGUGGUGGACCUGACCAAAAAAGCUGAGCAUAUUAGCUUUUCGGCUGAGGAGCUGCGAGACCUUUUUAGGUUUGACCCUAAUACCACCUGCCUCACACAUGACUUACUGAACUGCAAGUGCUCUGGAGAUGGAAAUACACCAGGUUCUGUGAAGGAGUCCAGUGAGGACACUGGAAGGUCAUGUCAGCUGGGUCGCCAAGCCGACAACGCAAUAUCAGUCCCACAGCGAGUCAGCAUGUCUGAGCUCAUGCACUGGAGGCAUUUUUCAGGAGCUGUUCAAUCAUAUGGUGAUAUUUACCUAAAUCAGGCCUGUAACCACAUUACAUAUGCCUUUCAAAGCACUUCUAAAUCCAAAACCACAGUCUAAACUCAUACACUUGUAUACAAACCCACUGCCCUUACACUUUGUGGAGGUAACCAAUAUAUAUAGUUUAACAUUAAAUUUUUCAUUUUUAAAUGUUUCUUCAUUCAUCAAAAGUUAUAUUUGUGUGCAGCUAGUGCACUAGUGUCCAUUUAGAGACCCCGCUGAUUUUGAUAUGAGCUCCUUUUGCCAGAAUGAAUCAGAGCAGUGCACAGAAAUAGAUUAAUAACGCACUCAGAAACAUUAAUAGAAGAGGGAAUAGUCAGACAAAUGCAUGAGCUCAGUCCUGUUUCUAUUUUAAACCUGCCUAAAAACACAGUUUCUCUUUUAAUUUGUCCAAAAUGUAGCUUGCCUGUUUUUGUUGGUGUGUAUGGAUGCAAAUGUCACAUUUCGGUCGGAAAUUUCUUAUUAAAUUAUUACAUUUCUUCCUCCCUUUA